UGUAAAAAUAAAAACAGUACCGUAAUUGCAUUCGUCUUUUAUGCUUUCAAGUUAAAUAUUUAAAUUUAUUUUACUCUUGUGUUAUGCUGAUAAAAUUUUUUCUAUUGUUAUAAUACUGAAUUUUUAUUAUUUAUAUUAUUCCUAAUAUUCAUUAAUAAUUUCAAUGGUUAUUAAAAUAUUUUUAGUGUAAGAUUGGGAAAAUUUUAGAUAUAAAAAACAAUGUCUCAAGAAAAAGUUUUGGAGAAACCUUUACAACAAUUUGUCAUUCAAGCUCAAAAGGCAAAAGGUGAAGAGCUGGUUGAAGUUAUCAAGCGAGCACUUGAUUGCGUCGAUACAUUUGUUUUUGCAGAGCUUUUAGAAUGUCCUAAUGUUAUUGAACUAGAAUCUACUUCUAACUCUUCAUACUUACAUGUUUUACGUAUUUUUUCCCAUGGAACAUACUUAGAUUAUUUAAGCAAAAAAGAAUGUCUACCAGAAUUGAAUUCAUCACAAAUUAAAAAAUUACAAUACUUAACAAUUGUAACAUUAGCUAAUAAAAUGAAACGAAUACCUUAUGAUGUGCUUUUAAAAGAACUUAAUGUUAAUAAUGUUAGAGACCUUGAAGACCUUAUUAUUGAAGCUAUUUAUUCUGAUAUUGUAGCUGGUGAACUUGAUCAACAAAGUGGAUAUCUUGAAGUAGACUGGACUGUUGGUAGAGAUGUAGGUCCUAAUGAUAUAAAUACUAUGAUAGAUACUCUUCAACAAUGGUGUGAUUCGUGCGAGAGUGUAUUAUCUACUGUUCAAGCACGUAUUGUUGAUGCUAAUAGGACUAAACAAGAUGUAUUAAAACAUAGAGCAGCUGUUGAAAAUGAAGUAGCAAAUGUUAAAAAAGCAAUAAGAGCCCAAAUUCAAGAUGAAGAAAUGUCAGUAGAUACAAGUGGACCUCCAAAAAAGACUGGUAAAGGAAUUAGGACAAGUGGAACUAAAUUUUGGAACAAGUAAUAAGUUCUGUAUAUUAUUUUUAUAUAAGUGAAUAUUUAUCUUGUACAUAAUAUAGCCUAUUAAUUUGUAUAAAGUCAAUAAAAGGCAGUAUGUAUAACUUAAAGUUUAAGAUUAUAAAGUCAACUCAAUAAGUGUACAUGUAGGGUGUAUUUAUAAAUAUUAUAUCUAUUUAAGAUCAAUUUUCAUUACCAUUACUAUUUUGUCAAUUUUUAUUUUAAUGUUUAUGAAUAACAAUGAGAAAUACAUAAAAUUAUAUUUUAUAAUAGUAAAUUGUUUUAAAUAUACAUUUUUCCCUUAUCAGC